AUGAAAUCCCCAUUGAGUCCUCUAAUCAGUCUCAAAAAAACACUCAGAGCUUGCCAACCGAAGAGAGUUGAUAAUUCUCCUUUUGCACUCAACAAGCCUGAAGAAAAAUCUGAUUUAAAGUUCCUCUAUUUUUACGGAGGGUAUAAUAAGACUGUUCUAUAUCAGAAAUCCAUGAGGUUUGAUCACCCGGAGGGUUAUCAACCACCUCAGGAUGAUACAGGAGAAGAUCUUAUGCAUUUCUCUGAAAAGCAGGAUCUUAAAUCCAGCUUUCAUGUUUGACCCAAAAAGAAAAAUAACUCACAAUGGAACGAUAUCAUGGAACUGAUAUUUAAUAAAGAUUCCACUCCUUUCCGGAGGGUCAAAAAAUUGGUUGGAUUAGAUUUAACAGCCAGGAAGGUAAUCACCACUUCAGAUUUGCAAUUUCAUCCUCAUAAUUCAGAUGCUAACGUUUGUUUUAGGCUGUAUAUCUCAAAAGAAAAAGAGAAAAGGAAGAUCAUAGAGAGAAAUCGGAGAAAAAAUUGUAGAAGAAUUAACUUCAAUUUUAAUUCAUCCAUUUCUCAAUAUUCAGAAAGCAUUACCAAGCUUGUUAAAUAUGGAAUUUUCUCAAUAAUUUUGCAAAAAAUUGAGGAUGAUUAUGCACUUAAAAGAGGAUGUGCUCAAAACAAUUUUCCUAGAACUAUUAGCAAGAUUAGGACUGACUCUGAUACUAUAAAGUCAAGUCAUUUUAACAUUAGGAACUCAGUCCUUGAGAUUAGGUCAAAGAAAAAUAAAAUUGAGCAUCCUAAAGUGAUCAGGCUCUGAAGUCUGAGAAAGAACCAACAAUACUUGAAGCGAAUUGAUAUGAAGUUUAAGAAUUCUGAGGCCAGUCAAAAUAGCCCGUUUAAACUUUACGCUACUGAUAAACUCAGCGAAGAAAGUAUCUCUAUCAGGACUGAUAGUGACUUUAGCUUUGAAGACCUUCCAAAAAUAAACGUGGUUAAAGUAGAUGCUGCUCAGAACAGUAAUUGCUUUUGCCUUAAUGAACCCUCAAGUGCUUCACAAAUAGAGAGCGAAGGACAUGGCCGGACUGAAAAACUCUCUACGUUCUUAACUGAGCCUCCAGGCUGCCAAAUAGACAACAAGAGACAAGGCAGUCAAAUGAAUUAUUUAAAUGUAGAUACUUUGAGACCUCCUUCAACUAUGGAAACCCUUCGAAUGGACUUCGAAGCUAUGAAAAAGUCAUCUGAGCCACCUAUUACUAUAAACAGCGACUUUAAUACAUCUUCAAUCACCAAUAUGAUGACUAAAAGAGGAGGAAGCAUCCCUAAAAAUUCUCCAGACGUUAAAAAGUUGAAAGAGAAUCCCAAAUUUCCAAAGACCUUCUCAAAAUUACAAAGGAAGGCUCUUACCAAAAGAUUCAAAGCGAGGAGAAAACGGAAUUUGUGAAGGGUUUAUAGUCCUAAACCAACCCAGAAGGAGAUUAGGAGGCUCAGAAGGAUCAAGUCAUUAUAG